AUGAACAAUCAGUUGGCUACGCAUUUUCGGACGUACUUCCAGAUGGAUGCAGGUGAUGCCAGCGCCCUCGCGGGUGCUUUCGGCUUGAUGAACCUCUUCGCAAGAUCCCUGGGCAUCAGCAGCGAUAUUUGCUUCAAGUACUUCGGUUUCCGCGGCCGCAUUUGGGCUCAGUUCCUGGCACUCUUCUUCGAAGCUAUCUUCCUGUUCAGCUUCGGAAAGGUGGACAAUUCGCAGCCUUGGUACGUGGCUUUGGCAGUGUUGGUUUGCUUCUCGCUCUUUGUGCAGAUGGCUGAGGGCACCUCCUACGGCAUCGUGCCCUUCAUGAACAGGAAGCAGCUCGCAGUGGUGUCCGCGCUUGUGGGAACGGACUGGGUGCCUUCUGAUGAGGCGGCUGAUUCCGAGAGAUUGAUCAUGAUUGCAGGCUUCUGCUUCUACAAGCCGAUCCAGGAUGCCCUGCUGCCUUUCCAGGUCACUUAUGUCCUGGUGCAAUCUCGAAUGGAGUUUGGACUCAUGCACAAGCGCCAUGCUCCCCUUCUGUUCGCGGUCCAUGCGGGCUAUGUCAUGUUUUGGGCACUGCUGAGCCCCUGCUACUACUGGUCCGAGAUGGGUGGAAUGUUCCACGGACCGGCACAGAGCGUCGAGAAGGCCAAGGGCCUCAAGACCAAAGCGGGCAAGACCAGCGGCGACUACGAGUCUCACACGGAGUCCGAGGAGGCAGUCCCUCGAACAAAAAUUAUGCUAAUUCGAUUGCUCGAGCCAGUUUUGUGUUGGCCGGUGCCUUGGCAUGGAGUGCAACGCACCGGCGAGUUCCGACAAGCCC